AGACUCCUGGAUGUGAUUUCGGCACCAGCUUCUCACAGGCUUUAUGCUACAUGUUAUUUUCUUUAAAUAACAAGUUAUAUAUUCAUAAGUACCAAUGGGGACUGACAUUCAUUUACAUUCCUUCACUUAAGACCCAAAGCUUUUUAAAAAUUGAUGUUGCAAAGCAGGAAACUGACUUCAAAUAGCCACCCUAAAAUGUAAUCAUUAAAUAAUAAAAGAUAUUUCAUUCAAAUAUAAACAUGUAGUUUUUUUAAAAAAAUAAAAUAAAUAGAAAUUAUCCUAUCACUCCAAGAUUUCUCCCCUUGGUGAGAUUGGUAGCCCAGUCCUGUGCAUAAAAAUGGAUCUGACCCAAAGAUGGGUCAUUCUGUUCCCAGCAGUUACCAGCCAGAACAGAUUUACUUGGAAGUAUGACCCACUGCAAUCAAUGGGCCUUACUCCCAGGUAAGUGUGCAAAGGUUUGCAGUGGUCAUUUCAUUUCUCUCAUGUUAAUGUCAUGAAUUACAGCAUGUUGUAAUUAAUUGUUCUUAAACUUUGCAAUAUAUUUAUAUCAUUCUUUAGAGAGCUCCAUGCAUGUUGAGUUUUUAUAUUAUAUCAUCUUGCUUUCAAAACAAACAAACAAACAAACAAACAAACAAACAAACAAACAAACAACUCUUUGGAGUGAUUUUGAUAAAUAUGCUGACUCUUCCAUUUUGUUAGGAUGUCUCAUAUACAGAUUUCAGCAUCUGUUUAUGCAUAUCUAUAGCAAUAUGUUGUGUGAUGUAUCUAGACUUCCGUGAGAUCGAAAAUAUUUAGACUAAAUGCCACUUACAUAGCUAUAGCAUAUUUGUUGCUUUUGCACUAAUGAGACAUCCAUAGAUAGAUAAGCUAUGAAUGCUUUAUAAAUUAGGCACUUAAACUCUUGUAUUUUUCGCAUAGAGAUUUGUUGCUAAGGCAUGGUGCAGUCGUUGAGUGAAUCUUGCUAUUUCUCUGGACAUAAUCUAUAUUUCAGACAUGUGUCAGUGCAUUUUAUGAGGCUUGCCCCCUAGAAUCCUGGGAAUUGUAGUUUGGUGCUGCUGUGGAUAAUUCUUUAAUAGAUUCCUAGUCCCAAUCUCAGAACUGCAUUUCCCAAGGCUCUUUGUGGAGAAAAAAUUACUAUUGCAUGAGGAGUGUGGCUGUGUUGAUGGGUGAGUGUCAGUGACCUAGGUUUCACCUCAUAGUAUUCCUCACAUUUCCCUAAUUACUCCCUAGCUGUCUCCUGAACCCCUCAAUUGCUCCUUCUAAUCUCCUUCUCACUCACCUUGUUUCUCCCAAAGUCCCACCUUUUGCACUCUCUCUGCCUCUUCAAACUAGUUCCCUUGUUUUGCUCCCUCCCCAUUUCUUCCUGCUCUUAUGCUCUUUUGCCUCCCAAAUCUUUUUCUUUCUAUCACCAUUUCUCAUGUCUUGCCUCUUCCUUGGCUUUCUUCACUUCAUCUUUUCUGUCUGUUCCCCCCCCCCCUUCAACUCAAUCCAUUCUGCGCAUCCCUUACUUUGUCUCUUUGAUAACUUCAGCUUCCCUUUUGUCCUAAAACCAAUACCACAAAUGCCUUGAUAUGUUGCUGCUGUUGCUCCUGUAGCUUCCACCAACUUCCCCUCUGCUGGCCUCGUCUUUUAAAUACAUAGUUUUAUCGAUUUCCAGUAUAGAAUAAUUACAAAAGAGAGAGAUAAAAGGAUACAAAAACAAAAUCCCAACUUGUCCCCUUCCCUCCUCCAGGACAGAUUAAUCUAGUUAAAUUUUCCAAAGUCUAAUCUGUGAUUUUGGCAGUUGCCAUUCUUCAAUAUUAUCAGUAAAGUAUUUUAUAAAAGGAGAAGGAGAAAGUGGUCAUGGCUGCUGCUCAAGCUGACCCCAGAACCGUGACCUAUAGAACACUCCAACACAGAUUUUUGUGGGGAACUCAGACCACCCAGUUACCCAGCUUACUAAUGGAAAAACACAAGCGAGCACUGGCCUGACUUCAACAAUAAUGGCCACUUGGCCCUGGAGCUACUAUGAGAAAGCCAUCGAGCAACACAACCUGAAUGACCUCUUAACAAUCACAAAGAAACCUACCAAACCACCCAGCCCCAGAUUGACACUACACAUGAUCUAGUCCAAGGUCAACAAGAAGACCAAAAUGGCAUCAAUUAAGGGGAAGACAGAAACCAAAGAGACCACAACUUGCCCAGAUAGUGAAUACAAAACAAUACCAAAACCGGACCCGAAGGAACUUGAAUUGAAACUGAAAGAAGCCAUCUGAUGCUCUCUAAUGGACUAUGCAAAACCUGAAAGAACCCAAUGACUCCCCUGGAGCAGCAGAUCAAAGAACUGAACUCCAAGAUGGAAAUUCUUACAGGUACCAUCUUCAAAUGCAAGAAGUACAAAUAGUCCAUGUCUAGAAGUAAAACAAAUAUAGGAGAUAAACUAGCUGCUUUGGAGAACUGCCUCCAGAAGCUUCCCCAGCUUCCCCAAAGAAGUGGGGAAGAGAGACCCAGCAGGCUCUGGAGCAAUAGAAAACAUGUUUGCUGCAUCAUCCAUAUGACAGCCCUUCAGAUAUUUGAAGAUCCUGUCUCCUCUUAAUUGUCUCUUCUCCAGACUGAAUGUGCACAACCCUUGCUUCUCAGUACUUAGUUUCUAGAUCUCUUGUCAGCUUUCCUCCUUGUGCACAAUCUCUGCUUGUUUCCUCUUAUGUGUCCAUGACAGUCAUUUGGAAACCUGUUGCUUUAUAUGGGAAAACAAUUCCAGGAAGAAACAGUGUACUGUAAUUUGAAGGAACUUCUACAUUAGCAUGCUUUGAAUGCUAUGUUGAAUGGAUUUCUCCAGAGCUCCUCACCAGUCACAUUCCUUAUUUUGUGUUUUUGGGGCAUCUGAACUUUUAUCAGCUCUAUGCUGAUGUUUUCCCCCUGUUAAUAUGCUUGACAGCCUAGAGAUCUAAAUCAGAAAGCUUAUUUUACUUUAGCAGACUAUUUCCCAGAAUGGAAUUCUGCAAUUUGAACUAUUUACAAUAUUAGAGGUUUUCACAAAAUGCCUGACCCCAUUGCCUGCUCAUUUGUAAAAGAAGAUGUAUACAUUUAUCUGUGUAUACAUGACUGGCUCAUUAAAGCAAGCUCCAAGGAGGCAAUCAAUUCACAUUGAUCGCAUUCUCACACUACUGUAACCUUUUUCAUAAUAAACGAUGAGAAAAUCUCUCUACUGUUCGGUGGCCCUGGAAUAGGUAAGAGUCAUGACCACUAGAAAUUAGCAACAGACUUCAUGCCUUGGUGUUUCCUAUAGCCAGCUGUGCUCUAAACUGUGGAGAACUCAAAUCCAAUGUCCAUACCUUAUAAAUAGUGCAGUUACUAGAAAUAUGAAAACUCUGUACUUCAUGGCAAGGUGUGUGUAUGACGUGGGUCGGGGAACAGGAAGAAAUAUGCUGGAAUCAGGGAGGAAAGAAGGAAUUUUCUUUUUUUCUUGGUAGAACAUUUUCUGGCCAGUUGGCACUGUCAGCAUCUAUUCUAGAGCAUCAAGAACCCAUGAGUCUGUGCAUCCUUAUGCCUGAUGCACCUCAGCGUUCCAUAAGUCCCACCUGAUCCAAGCAAGACAAUUCCUUAUUGUGAGUCAAGUUAAGAAGUUAAGAACCCAAACCAGGAGACUUUAUACCAGCUCGCAACAGGGACUUGUUCUUAUGUGAUGUCCACCAAACUUAACAAGGCCAAUAAUAUUUCAGAAACCAUUGAGAAAUAAUGUGUGAUGAUUUCAUCCAGCACUUAUUCAUUAAAUACAGUCUACUCUAGGUGCAGACAUACUGAUCUUAUUUAUGUGAUCUGAUUAUGGGUGCUGGUGGAGAGAGUUUAUUGCCCCACUUCUUAGUUUUCUCAUGGAUAGCUUGUACCUUGUUAAAAAAAAUUAAGAUUUUCCAAAAAUUUGUCUAGUCACAGGUCUCAGUGGUUUCCAGAGGCACUAAUUGAACUAAUUUAAUUUGAUAUUGUUCCUCACAAUCUUGGUACAGUACUACUUAAGGCUCCCCAGUUUCCCGUUUUUUAAAAGUGCCAGAUACUGUAUUUCCAAUGAUAAUUUUUCAUCAGUAGUCAAAUCCACAACAAAAAUCUUUGUGCCACAUCUUUCUACUACUGCUUCUUCCUACAGGUUGGAUGCAGAGGAAACAAGGGAGGAAGUGAUUUUUGCUGAUUCCACCUUCCGUCUGCAACAUUUCCACAAACAGAGGGAGUCCUUCUCAUGGAAGGAACAUUGUGGUUCUAACCUUUUAGCUUUGGAAGUGACUUCUAAUUUGGAAGCUGAUUUAACAGAGGCAAGUGGGCAAAUGGAAACCUUGCACAGCAAAUGCAAUGAUCUGGCAUCUCAGUUGGGUGUUAAGCAGACUGAACUAACUCAAAAAGAUUUGGAUGUGGCCAGAACUAGGAAGGAGUUGCAGGAGCUGCAGAAUCUCUACAAACAAAACACUGAACAUGCAGCACAGCAGGCAGAGCUGAUCCAGCAGCUUCAGGCUCUCAAUAUGGAUACACAGAAAGUACUGAAAACUCAGGAAGAUGCUCACACAGCUGAAACAAUAUCAUAUCAAAAACUUUACAAUGAAUUGACCAUAUGUUUUGAGAAACUCAAAGCAAGUGAGUUGGCGCUCCGGCAAAGUCAAGCUUCUCUCCAGAAUCAACUACUUGAAAAAGAACAACAUAUCAGUCAGCUGGAAGAACAACUUCAACAGGCUCUCAGCUCUCUGUUUUCAAAACCCGAAAGUCCUUCAAAACAGAGAAAAGAGGAAUUCCAGCAGUAUUCUUUAAGUGAGCUAGAAUAUCUCAUACUAUCACAAAAAUCUGAAAUAAAGCUUUUGAAAGAAAAAUUGAAAAGAGCAAAUCAUACACUAGCAGAUCAUAGCCUUUGCAGCAGAGAUUUCUUGGAUUGCAUCAGUGUUAAGGCUGGGAAGAAAUACAAGGAACCACCUGUGAAACGUUCAAGGUCUCUGUCCCCAAAGAGCUUUGUGAAAGAGUUGGAGGAAUUAAGAAGGCUUAAAAUAGCUGAAAGAAAGAUUGAAAACUUAGAAAAGACACUGCAGCUAAAGAUCCAAGAAAACGAUGAGCUGAGGCAAACCCAUGAAAAGCGCAAAAAGAGGCUGCAGAUGUUACAGACCAACUACAGAGCAGUAAAAAAGCAAUUAAAACAAUGGGAGGAAAGCUAUAGCAAGCCUGGAAGCGGCAAAAAUGGAAAGGAGCGUUCUCAUCCCCGGCAGCUGUGUCAAGAAGAUUCUGAUGCUGUGUGGAACGAGCUGGCGUAUUUCAAAAAGGAACACAAAAAGCUAUUGAUUGAAAAACUGAAUUUAGAGGAAGAAUUGGAUCAGAUGAAAGUAUAUACAUCUAGGGAUAAAGCUACAAUACAAGAACUGAAUAUAUGCCUGCAACAAGAAAGAGAAGAGCUGCUCUUUAGACUUGGUGAAGAGGAUGGGGUCAAGAACAGUACUCCAAAGAAGAAUGUGAAAGAAAUACCAGCACAGACAUUACUGAAGGUUUUGGAACUGGAAAGAAGGCUAAAGAGUUUCGAGAGAGAAUCAAGGAGAUUGAAGGAAAUCAACAAAGAGUUAACGAAAGGUAACAGUGAUCUGAAAGCAUUGCUCAAACAGGAGAACGAAGAAGCAGAGGGCAGGGAGAAGGAGCUGGAGAUGCUACUGAAACAAAUCAAAGAAGACCACAAGGACAAAGCAGACCUGCUGCUACUGAUAGAUGGGCUACAGAGAGAGGUUGCCUCUCAGAAGAGGCAAGUGGCAGAAGCAAACUCGCUGAGAGAUGAAAACGAGGAUCUACUGAGUCAAGUGAGACAAUUGCAGAGUUCGCUGGACAGAGCAAGGGCAGUGCCUUCCAUGGCCAACGCGGAGGCAUCCUGUGGGCAAUGUCUGUGUAAGAGUAGAAGUGCCAAAGUUAAGUUGAAAACAGGGAAGAAGAAAAGCUUAGUGGGAUAUCACCAGUCUCUUCUCAAUCAGUCCAUCAAGGCUAUGAGUGGUGUAUUUGAGAACUUCAAUAAGGACGGCUGGGAGGAUGUGAGUGAAAGCAGUGACUCUGAAAUACCGGUUUCCGAAAAUCUGGGGACAAUAACUGCAAAAAGAGCACAGGAUAGUCCACUGACAGACAAAAAUGACCAACAGGAACAAAAUAAGGUGGAAGAUAAUUGCAUGCCUCCAAACAGUGUGCAUUUAGAAGGCCCAAGCAAAAUAUGCUACAAAAAGCAAAAGAAAGAAACAGAAGUAGUUCCUUUCCACAGAAAGAAGAUAUUGCAUUCAGCUCUCAUCCCAAGUAAAGUAAACAGAGAGAAGAGAAGUAUCGUGGGUCAGAAACCUGGCUGUGCCAUUUCGCUCAGGGGACGGAUUACAUCCUUACAGCAGCAGUUAGCCAUUCUUCAGAAUUCGAAAAAGACAGCCAUGUCAUCUCUCAAAAAGUCCAGGGAAACAAAUAAAAAAUUAACAUCCCAGCUGCAUCUUGUUGAACAAAGACUUCAGACCAGCAAGCAAACUAUUCAGACACUGACAUCCAACCUGGCUGAGUUGCAGCGAGAAAAAUCAGAUUUACAAGGGAAGUUGGACCACCUGACCCAGUCUAUGAAAGUGAGAGAGGGUCUGUCUCCUGUGAUAUCUGGCCCUACUGGAAUGACACCAGCAACUCCAUCAAAGAAUGUAGAUUUGGAAAUGAAGCAGCUGCAGUGUAAACUGAAGAAUGCAAAUAAUGAAAUCACUAAACAGUCAUCAACCAUUAAAUCUUUGAAAUAUGAAGUCCAGCGAAAAGAAGAACAGAUGCGGGAACUACAGGAAAAGAUUUCUCGAAUGGAGAGAGACCUAAGUAUGAAAAGGAAUUUAAUAGAAGAUUGGAAGCUGCGCAUGAAAGCAAAUCAGGAAAAAGAAAAAAGCUUUAAUGAAAAACUACAAACUCUUGAAGAAAAGGUAAAGUCAUUGACGGAAGAUUGUUCAAACAAAAAAACAUCAAUUGAUUCACUAAAGCAAAGGCUUAAUGUAGCUACAAAAGAAAAGGCACAAUAUGAGCAGAUGAAUCGCAAAGCUAAGGAGGAGCUGGAGAAAAAGGAGCUUAAACUCGCCAAUCUAGAAGCUAAAAUGGCUGAGGCAGAAUGUGCCAUGACAGAACUCGAAACCACCGCCUCUCAGCAACUUCAUGGCUUGGCAAAGCAAAGUGAACAGGCACUUGAAGUACUGCAGAAAAAAUUGAUGAUGUCCAAUGACAAGGUGGAAGAGUUCGUUACCUUUGUGAAGAGUUUGGCCACAGAGUUGCAGUCUAGUGUGAAAGAGAUGAGAACGCAAAUCAGAUGUAGGAAAAAAAUGCAAGAAAACAAAAAAUGCAACAGCGUUUCCAAGGCGUCUGUUCACCGAGCCCAGCACGUGGCAGCAUCCAUCCUUAAUAUUUCAAAGACUGAUUUAGACAAUUUACUUGAUGUUGAGGAUGAUGAGGAAACACAACAGAUGAAAAUGGAAUAUGAAAACGACAAAGAAUGGAUGGGCUACUUACAGAAGCUUCUUGAAGGACAGUUUCCUUUUGCUUCGUAUUUAAUGGAUGCAGUGCUGGAAAAACUAAAUGAGCAGAAAAAGCUGGCGGAAGAAUACAGUUCUCUUGUGAAACAAAUGACCUAGGUGUUGCUGAACAGAAUCUUGAAAGAGAGAAAGGGGACUCUUUCCCCCUCCUGUUUUUGGUUUUGCACUUGGACUUCACUCCUGAUUUUGGCUCAUACCAACGACCAGUUCACAAUCUGUAGCAGCAGGUGCAUUUGCUGCAUUCACAAAAAAGUACAGCAAAUAUGAAAAGGAAAGAUACACACCUAUGUAGACAUGGCAAACAUACCUGUUCUCAUUAAGUAUGAAGCAGCCAUUGGCAACGUUGCCAUCAAUGGGUCUUCUAAGUAAACAGGCGUAAGAUUUGGCUGUAGAUCUCCCUUCUUAUUUGCUAGCCACCUUCUACACAAACACAUUUCUAAGCAUUAGCUGCAGAGCCAUUUGUCACUGGUUAUGCUCCCAAGUCCUAUAGAAAUAGUGUAAGCAUUUUGCCCAAAGAUUGCCUUCAAGCAAUUAAAAAUUAAAUUUAUUUUGCCAGUAGAAAGUCUGGAUAAAGCAAGAUGCACUUGCAGAGGUCGUCUUAAGAGCAGUUCCUAGCAAAUAUGCCUGGAGUUGAUGGGAGUUGUAGUCCAAAAAUGGUAGAGGCUGCAUUACACAACCGGCAUCGCUAAGCACAAUCCAUUAGGAACUUGAGCAGCUUCUUUUCUUGCACAGCUCCUGAUCAUUUGAAUGGUGUGUGCACAGGACACCCCCUAGGCAACAGUGACAUACGUUCAGAAAAGCAGGAGUGCAAAUUUUAAUAUAAUUCAUUAAAACUGAAGUGAGUGCCCUUUGAAAACCCUCGAUUAUGGCUAACCUAAUAGACAGCUUCAAAAUUCUCUUUUUAUGUGAAGCAACAGCAAAAAGAAUACAAGGCAUGGUUAAUGAAGAUUUUUAGGGACCAUUCAGCAAACAUGUGCUUCCUAUUUGUUCGGUUUGUGUGUUUUUUAACUGUGAAAGUGUAUUAAGUGUGCAAUGUAUUUAAUUUUAUUUAAGAAACAUUUUAUUUGAAUAAAUGAUUUUGAGUUGAACUUUUUAUCUAGGAAAUCCCUGAAAAAAUAUGUUUCUCUUCAUUUCUCCGUCCCUCUGUCUCUCUCACACACAUAGCUGUAGUAACAUUUUGUAAUAAUAGAACUAUCAGUAAUAUGCUUGAAAAUAGAGGUGCAUAAAUGAGCACAUAUUGACCCUACACCUUUAGGACAGGGAUAGCAAAUGUGGGACCCUCCAUAUGGUUUGAGCUACAACUUGUAGCUCCCUGACCACUGGCCAUUCUGGCUGGGGCAUCUCACCACAUUGGCGACCCCUGAUUUAGGGGAUCACAGUGUGGGCAGGUGCUUAAAAGGGCCUCUUAGUCAUGUGGGAGCUGUUUCCCCAUGGAAUCAGGAGAGCACAUGGCAUGAAAUAAAUGCCAUGUUUGAGACCCAUGCCAUCAAUUGCACACCCAUGGCUGGGUCAAGAAAAAACGCCUCCCACACAACUACAAUAUUAUUUAAAGACCCGUUGGAUUAUUUCCUAAAGAGGAUGAUCCCUUUAGAACAAAGUACAUGCUUACAGCACAGACAAAAUAUUCGGCUACUGGUAAAUUGCUUCUGUAUGAACAAGAUUCUGAAGACUGCUUGACAACUUGUUCUAGUCUUCCAAUAUAAAGCAUUUUCUUUUAAAAUGCCUUUGGAGAUAUGCUCAAGGAAAUGAAACUGUGGUGUGCCUUGGUUGGUUGGUUGGUCAACAGAAGUUCCAGGUCAACACUUGGUAUUUUCUUCAAGGAGUUUGGCAUGGCAGGAUGGGGCCACCCAUUCAAUUAUUUAAUUAGAACAACAUCAGAACACUUAUAAACAGUUGCAUAUGCUAUUGCUAUUUCUACAGACGAAUUUUAUGUCUGGUUUAAAAAGAGACUGAAUUUCGUAACCAUAAAUGCUGUUCAGCACCGCAUUAUUUUUUGUGGUGUAGAAAAUUGAGCAGACAUGCUUUGAGUGCUUAAGCUUAUCUGUGAUGUGAAAUACCUGCACACCCUUCAGACGGUUUAAUGUGUUAUCACAUCUGCUAUUUAUUUAAUUCAGUAAAAAGAGUAUAAGAAUAGCAUGAUGGGAAAUUCUCUGAUUCCACCCAAUCACAACUUGCCCAUAAAGCUAGAACUAGUACAAACAUCUAUCUACACUUGCUUGUAAAUAUAUAUAUAUCAACAUUUCCUCAUCCCAACCCACCACUUUUCACAUUUCUGGUUGCCUCCAAUAUUUUUGUUGACCAGCUGAAAUAACUUUGGAGCAAGCUGCAUUUUACAGGUACUUUGUGCAUCGCCUCUCAUUAUUUCCGCACCUAAAUGAUGGCCUCACCUAGAAUGCAGACCAAUCGUCUGAUUUACUUUCCUCCCCUUCCUCCUCAUUGCUUAUAAAUUUUUCCCAAUUGAUCCUGUUUUCGGAUUGAUUCUAGACUCCUUCACAAAGUGCGGAGAAAUAUUGUCUUUGGAUUAUUAUAAAUUCUGGGCCAAAAAAAAAGUUUGCUUCCCUCCUGACAUACUUUGAAAAAGUAUGGAGAGAAAAAGGAGACCCAUCAAGAGAUGGAGGGUGAACAGCUGUAAACAAAAAACAAAAAACCAACCCCUUCUAUAAAGGAGAACUAAAUCUGCUGUUAGGGGUCCAAGAGCUGAGCUGCAUGCGCAGUAAAAUCUUGUUACACUGAAGUGGGAGAUUGCAUAUCUGAAUCCUGCACAUAGAUUCCAGCUGGCACACUGGAAACAAAUAAUUGGCAUAGGCUUUUCCACGAGUUGGUAAGCAGUCUGAAAUGGGCACGCCACAUAAUUUAGCUGAACAUGUAGACCAGCCGUUAGAAGGAUUACAAUCAUAGAUCUGAAACUCUAGAACGGUGCCACCCCAACUUUUUCUUACCCCAUGAACUAUUUGAAAAUUGCUGAGGGUCUUGGUGAACCAUUUAAUGGUUUUUCUGCCAGUUGUAGAAAUUGCAGUGCACUGUACUUGGCAUUAUUUGAUUUUCAGCUUCUUAAUGAACAUACCAUGGACCAUCUGAACAAAGUUCACAGACAACCAGUGGUCCACAAACCACAGUUUAGGAAUCCCUGCUCUAAAAGGCUCCUGGGAGCUUAUCUUACGGUCUGUUGCCUCAGAGUAUGCCUGAAUAAAUACAUGAAAACUAGGGCUGGGUGAUAUAUCGAUAUAUUGUCCAAAAUGGGUUUGAAGUCCUUAUCGUGAUAUCACUUUCAUCAUUAUUGACCUGGCAAUAUAUCAUGAAUUGUGUGUGUGCCAUGCAAAAAUCACAAUGUGGAAAAAACCAGGAAAGCCAUCCAAUGCCUCUUUGUAGCUCCAUCCUUAUUUCAGACAUUGUGAUGUAUCAGUAUAUCGCGAUGUUGAAAACCAGAUAUCGCCCAGCCCUAAUUAAAACAUGCCUAGAAUAGUUUAAAAUGAAUUGGAAUCAUCCCAGGGAUCAUAGGAAAGAUCCUUAAAUUACAGUAGCAGCACAAGAAUUAGAGUAAAUGCCUUUCAUACAGCAACAGAUCUUACAGCUUCAAGAAUUUGUCAGGUGGAGUGGCUGAACAGCUGAAACCCUGGGUGAGGAAUCUGUGUCCCUUCAGAUAUUCUUAAAUUAUCAGCCUGGCAUGUCCAGUGGUUAGGGAUGAUGGAAAUGGGAGAAUCCAACAAUAUGGAGGAGGGCAGGUUUACCACCCUUGGCUUAAAUUUCCCACCUUUGUUAGAUUUAAGCAAGACCAGUUCAUUCAUUUCAUUUUUACAGGAAAAUGCAACUUCAAGGCAGGGUUGCCAGCCUUUAACCUCCUGUCCUCAAACAGAAUAUCCUUUGCCCAGAGCGUCUUUGACAGCUUCUGAACUUCUCUUAAAAAUCCAAUAGUGAAGAUUCUACAACUUUCUUUAGCCUCAGUCUUGUACUGAUUAAUGAAUUAGUUUUGUCAGUGGGUAUGGACUAAAGAGGCAUAAUUAAUACUAUACAGUAUAAACUGUUCUU